UCAGACUUCACUGUCACAACAAGCACCUGCUGUCCCGGGGCAGUGUGAGCAGCUCCACCACUGAGAGAGAGAGAGCGAGAGAGAGAGAGAGGGAACACCAUGGCUGAGAACACCAACCUGAGGAUCAGACUGCCAAUCGUAUGCAUUGUGCUGGAGGUCAUCCUCAUUAUCCUGUUUGGAACACUUGUGGAGUACGAUGACCAUACCAGUGCCCAUGGCUGGCAUGAUAACAAAACAAAACCAAAAGAUCCGGACUAUGAGAAUGAAUUCUACUUUCGCUACCCCAGCUUCCAGGAUGUACACGUGAUGAUCUUCAUCGGCUUCGGGUUUCUGAUGACAUUCCUGCAGCGUUAUGGCUUCAGCAGUGUUGGAUUCAACUUCCUCAUCGCAGCAUUUGCUCUCCAGUGGGCCACACUCAUGCAGGGCUUUUUCCAUGGCAUGCAUCACGGCAAGAUCCAUGUCGGAGUGGAGAGCAUGAUAAAUGCAGAUUUCUGCACUGGAUCUGUGCUGAUCUCUUUCGGGGCAGUCCUAGGGAAGACUAGCCCAGUCCAGCUGCUGGUGAUGGCGGUGUUUGAAGUCACACUGUUUGCUGUGAACGAGUUCAUCCUGCUGUCUCUUUUUGGCGCAAGAGAUGCUGGAGGUUCUAUGACCAUCCAUACUUUUGGAGCGUACUUCGGCCUGACGGUGACCCGUGUGCUGUACAGGCAAAACCUGGAGAAGAGCAAGAGCAAGAACUGCUCCGUGUAUCACUCUGACCUCUUUGCCAUGAUUGGUACCAUCUAUCUGUGGAUGUUCUGGCCCAGCUUCAACUCCGCCGUCACCGCUCAUGGAGAUGACCAGCAUCGCACUGCCCUGAACACAUACUACUCUCUGGCUGCCUGCACUCUGGCCACAUAUGCCUUCUCUGCUCUGGUCAGCCAUGAGGGAAAACUGGACAUGGUUCACAUUCAGAAUGCAGCACUCGCAGGUGGAGUUGCUGUAGGAACUGCUGGUGAGAUGAUGCUGACUCCAUUUGGCUCCAUGAUUGUGGGAUUCUUGGCUGGAACAAUCUCAGUGCUGGGCUAUAAGUACCUGUCGCCUGUUCUAGAGUCAAAGCUGAAGAUACAGGACACAUGUGGUGUCCAUAAUCUGCACGGCAUGCCUGGAGUCCUGGGUGCUGUUGUUGGGAUCGUCACAGCUGCGGUAGCAAGCACUGAAGCGUACGGCAAUGGAAUGGAAGAUGUGUUCCCUAGUAUCGCCGAUAAAUCAUCAAAUGCUUACAGUCAGGCUGGGAUGCAAGCUGUCUCUCUGGGUGUGACGCUGGGCAUGGCCCUGUUGGGUGGUCUCAUCGUUGGGUUCAUUCUGAAGCUGCCUAUUUACGGAGCUCCACCAGACACCCAGUGCUUUGAGGAUUCAAUCUACUGGGAGGUGCCAGGAGAAGAGGAGCACUGUAACGAGCUGACUCACGUGACAACAGCACCGGAGGAAGUAGAGAAACUCAAUGGAUAAAUGACACAUCUACCUAUGAACACCAGAGAGAGAGAGAGAGAGAGAGAGAGAGAAUGAAUGAGUGACAGUUAGUGUGUGAGCAUGUGUGUGCCUGUAUGUGUGUACUGAUUUACCUGCCUCACCACACUCAAAAGGGUAUACACUCCAUACUGAGUGUGAGUAUAGUAGAGGUAUGACUUUUCUAUACACGUGUGUAAACAUGGAACUUCUCUAGAGACUUCUAUAGAGAUUAUACAGUGUUUAACACACAAUCACUUUUACGACAAUACAAAAAUCUGACCCACAUGAAACGAGCAACAAAGACCUACUACCUUUGAUUUAUGAACAAGUCGCAAUCCAUCAAAACAUAUACUUUCAAUGUGUUCUCUAAAUUUGCUCUUAGAAAACAUGAUUUAAAAUUAUAUUUAAAACUAUAUACCCACAAAAGUGACAUUUUAUGACUUUUUUGUUUUUGUCAUGUACAAAUUAUAUAGUAAAAAAAAUAUGCUAAUAUGUAAUGUAUACUUUUAAAUAAUGUCCAUUCAGAAUAAGAAACUCGUUCCAUUAAACCAAUUGGAACGAGUUAUGCUGUGUUCUCUUUAUCAUCACUAUUAGAUAUGAAUGGGUUGUCAUGAUGCCAAAUUGGAAUGAACCUGUGCUCUCUCCAACAGCAGAUGGUGCUACAGUACUGCUUUAUUCUGCUGCACAGCUCUAAAGACUAAUUGUUGAUUAGAAAUGUCCUGCCCAUUAUACUGUGCUUUUUUCUUCAUCACAUUUUUAAGGGGCAUUGAAAAUAUUUUAAAAUCUAUAGGAAUAAUAAGAUGUUUUAUUCUAUUUUUAUUUUUUAUUUUUUGGAAAUAUGCAUGCCCGUGCAAGAAAUAUUCCUUUAAAAAUGCAUCAAUGCAGACCAGUUGUCGGUCAAUGCUGAUGUUUUAAACAAAACAGACCUAGUACAAUUAGCACAAUUAGUGCUUUUACUUCGUUUUAAACUGCAAUUCUUUGUAUAAUUCUUUAUUUUUGCUUUUUGGAAAGUAAAAAAAGGUUUUUAGUUCUGUUCCCUAAAAUUAAUGAUCUUUCAUGUUGUUUUUGUUCAUCACAGUAAAAAUGAACUUUUAUUCCAUUAUUGUCCUUUAAGUUCAAUAAAGUCUAUUUGGCAAAGA